UCCCGUGUAUCCGACCAUCAUGGCGAUCCGCAGAGACGUGUGUCACUAUCUUGACACCUCCCUAACAUAUGAACAAUUGUUGGCUCCCGACCUCACUUAUUCCCUCGUCCGACCGCUAGCGAAUAAAUAUGCUCGACUGAAAAAUAUUGCUGUGCCAUUCUGUUUUCUCAUCAAUCGAGUGCACUUCUUGCGAGAUCAAAACUUCAGCACCCGAGCAGUUUCAUUCUCUCGAGCCAGCCUUUGCGAGCUGCUCGCCAUCAGAACACUGCGUGAAUGGGCAGAUCCCAUGGAUCUGGCCACAGUCCUGGUAACAAGCUUUGACUUGUUUAAUGGAGCGAGCUCGGAAAUUAUUACUGCGGCAAUCAGUGAUGGAGACGAGGACGACCUUCAAGACCGAGUGGGUAAUGCUAUUGAAAUAGCUAUUAUAUCACAAGCGAAGCGAUUCAUCAAAUCCUCGGCUUGUCAGAAGGUAAUCAAUGCCAUUUGGCGAGGGGAAAUCGUGUAUCAGGCGGAGAGUGCGCACGCAAUGAUAGCCGACACGUACAAGAGGCGACCCAUCUAUUUCUAUGAUUAUCGAAAGGCCCCUCUGUUAGAUCACUACAGGUUAAAGGUACCAGCCGUACGAUCAGUUCUGGAAUACAUGAACUUUGUGAUUCUUUUCGUAUUAUUCAUCAUCGCACUUGAGGGCGCGGAGAUAGACCAUUUUAAUGGGUAUGAGGCGUGCUUUAUGGUAUAUGCUGCUGGCUUCACGCUGGAAAAGCUUGCUGCCAUGCAAGAACAUGGACUUAAGAUGUUUUCGGCCAAUCUGUGGAAUUUCUUCGAUCUUGCUUUUAUGACGAUAUACAUAUGCUACGCUGCCCUGAGAGUCCAUGGACUGCGACAUGAACUCACAUGGGCAAAGAGCCUUGGUAUCGAUUUGCUUGCGAUCGCCGCAUGCAUUAUUUUCCCAAGGCUCGCCUUUGCGACCCUCUCUAACAACCUCAUGAUUCUUUCUCUGCGCUCGAUGCUACUGGAAUUUACACUUCUUAUGCUUGUAGCGGCAUUCUGUUUUGGGGGGUUUUUAUAUGCUUUGUGGACUUUGGGUCGUGGAAGGUUUUCGUCUGGCCAGGUUGCGUGGUGGAUGCUGGAUAUUUGGUUUGGCCUAGAUGCAACAGGGUUUGACAAGUCCUCGUCAUUCCAUCCCGUUUUCGGCCCCAUCUUGAUCGUGUUCUACGCUUGCCUUAGCAAUACCUUGCUGUUGACAGUGCUCGUUUCUAUCCUUUCUAACACCUUUGCGACAAUAAAUGCGGAUGCCCUGGCGGAGUCACUGUUCAGAAGGGCAGUGACCACUGUGGAGGGGGUGAAAGUAGACGCACUCUUCUCCUACUUGCCCCCCCUAAACUUGAUUGCAUUCAUAAUCAUGUUCCCGGCAUCUUGUGUUCUAACCCCACGGUGGUUCCACAAGCUCAACGUCACGGCCAUCCGUAUAACAUCCUUCCCCAUUCUUCUCGCAAUUGCGUUCUAUGAGCGUCAAAUCGCACCAUCACGCCAAUCGCCUACAUUUUUGGAUCGGGCCACUCAGGCCGCAUUCCGAAUGGUAGAAAAUAUGCCUCGUCGCCUGAAGAGAUUCAGUUUGUUUGAGGGCUUUGCUGGACCCGCAGCAGAUAUCGAUGCGAUCUUUGAAAUUCAGGACCGCAUCACUCAAGCUGCAGAUGCGAAGCAGACAUCAAUUGAAGACACUCCCCCUGAAACGAUUGAUUCUCGGAGUAGUCCUCGAGGAGCUCGGGCGACGACGCUUUCGCGGGAGGAACCGGGCCCAACUACCUCUCCUGCUCAAGGAACAGGCCUAAUCUUGGGGACAACAGAACACUCUAGAACACUCUACGAAACAUCCGUCGAUUCUACAAUGCGUCGUCGGCGUCAUUCCGAAGUUCCCCGCGGAUCCAGAGCGGCGAUGCGAGCACUUCUUUCGGACCCCGUUCCCCCUAGUUUCACGCCUCUUAUGCGUCUCUUUCAGCCAGUCGUCGAAGAGGAUAAUAUCCCCCCAGCUGAGAACCGAUCACCGUCAGGCCGCUGUGCCUCGUCACGCAAGGAACGAGAUCUUUAUGAAAGGACCCGAUCAAGUAGCACUGCACGUCCACGGCGUCACGCCUCGGAGGAUUAUUCUCACCCGUCCGACCAGGAGUUACGUGAGCCUCAAGCUGUGCGAGAUAUCCAAGAAACUGAGGAGCAGAAUGAGCCCAGUUCAUGGCUGGACGAGGGCGUGAAAAAUCGGCUAGAGAGAAUGGAGGCACAGCAGGCGCGAUUGGAAGAGCUUUUGAUGGAGAUCGCAGGUAGCGUUAGACUAACCCGCUAGAUUAUACACCUAUAUGCCUAAAUUUCCUUGAAUCCC